AUGGUAAUAAUUUUAGGAUUAUGCUGCACUUUAAUAACAAUAAUUGUAGAUUUAGAUGAUGAUAGUAGUAGAUUUACAAAUUACUUUAUAAUUUGUUGUGUAAUAAUUUAAUAUAAUUCAUAUAGUCAGGAGUGUUUAUUUGUUUAAUAAUCAUUGAAGGUUACCUUUAUUAAUUUAAACCAAAAAGUAGACAUGUUUAAUUCCCUCGAAUGAUGUUAAUAUAUUUACUAUUUAACAAGUCUUUUAAUUCUAGCUAUUUUAGUUUUGUUAUAUUCAGCCAUAACUCAAAUUUCUCAUGCCUUAUUAGACAAUAAUGGUAUAAUUAUCAAAUAACAAAAAAUAGGUAAUGGAAAGGUACCCAUUAUUGAUCCACAUGAUUCUGAUUGGUAUAGAUUAAAACAGAUUUCUCGAAUAAUUGAAUAUACUACCUGUACAAUUGUUGUUAUUAUACAAAUAUUGAUUGGAUAUAAAAAGAAAAAAAGUUUCAAUAAAGGUUAAGCCAUUGAAAGUUUGAUUGAGAAUGAUGUAAUAAUUAUUAAUUAAUAAAAAGAAUAUCUUGAUUACGUCAUUAGAACCUACAACAUAAAAAAUCAAUUAAAAUUAGGUUACAUUUAGUUAAGGAAAUUCUCAUAUGAUAAAUACUUUUGAAUCAAAAAAUACUUAGUAAAUAUAAGCAAUACAAAAAUUAAAUAACAAUAAUAAUAAUAAUAAUUCAUGA